UUUAAUUUAUGUACAAACUACUAUUCAUUAAACAAACUCUCUCACUAUAAUUAUAUUCAAAUCUCAUCUCUCUCUUACAUCUCUACAUGCUGUCUGAACAAAGCUCUCCUCUUUCAUCCACACACACAACAAUCAAGGAUUUGUGUGAAGAAGGUCCUGUCUGAAUCUGGAAGUUGUAGAUUGCUGAUUGAUAGGUGUGUAUAUAUUGUUCUUGAAAUGAACAGGAUUGGUUUUAUGAGAUUUCGGUGAAAGUUGAGAUUGAUAUUAGAUAUGGGGAACUUAAACAUGGAGAAAAAAUGGGUAUUUCCUCUUGCUAUAAGCUCGCUUAUAUGUGUGUUUCUUCUUGCAACCUCUUUGAAUAUGGGCCUAGUGUCAUCUUUGCACACCAUGGGUUCCCUCCUUUCGAUCUUCCCUUUGCGUGGUAUGGCAAAUCCGUCGAAGAUAUAUUUUGCUGAAGAUAAAUUUAAGCAAUCUCCCCCUCCUCCUUCUCCUCGUAUUCCUCGAUUUGCCUAUUUGAUUUCUGGGUCAAGAGGUGAUUUGGAAAAGCUUUGGAGAACACUUCAGUCGUUAUACCAUCCAUUGAACCAUUAUGUACUGCAUCUAGACCUAGAAUCACCUGCUGAAGAGAGACUGGAGCUAGCAUCUCGAGUGGAAAAGGAACCAAUGUUUGCUACAGUUGGGAAUGUGUUUAUGAUUACUAAAGCCAAUAUGGUCACGUAUAGAGGACCGACCAUGGUUGCUAAUACUCUUCAUGCAUGUGCCAUACUACUCAAGCGAACUAAAGAUUGGGAUUGGUUUAUUAACCUUAGUGCCUCUGAUUAUCCUCUGGUGACUCAAGAUGAUCUUCUCUCCACGUUUGUUGGUUUAAAUCGGGACCUCAAUUUCAUUGAGCACACAACCGACUUGGGAUGGAAGGAGGGACAAAGGGCAAUGCCAUUAAUUAUAGACCCGGGUCUCUACCAAACAACAAAAUCAGAUAUAUUUUGGGUGACGCCUAGGAGAGAAUUGCCUACAGCCUUCAAGUUGUUUACAGGUUCAGCUUGGAUGAUACUCUCACGUCCAUUUGUGGAAUACCUCAUAUGGGGUUGGGACAAUCUUCCAAGAACAAUGCUCAUGUACUACUCAAACUUUGUCUCGUCUCCUGAACAUUAUUUUCAAACUGUCAUAUGCAAUGCCCCAGAAUAUAUACCAACUGUAGUUAACCAUGACAUGCAUUACAUUGCUUGGGACAACCCCCCAACACAACAUCCUCAUACAUUAUCACUUAAUGACACGGGCGAUAUGAUUCGAAGUGGCGCUGCCUUUGCACGGAAAUUCAAGCAGGACGACCCUGUUCUGGAUAUAAUUGAUAAGGAGUUACUACACCGGAAAAGUGGGAACUUCACACCGGGUGGUUGGUGUUCUGGAAAUCCUCCAUGUUCAAAGGUUGGAAAUCUAGACAAGCUUAGACCUGGUGCAGGAGCCCAAAGGCUUCGGCGUCUUGUAGGUAGAUUAGUUUUGUCCGCUAAAUAUGGCCGAAACCAAUGUCAAUAGAUAUUAAUUGCUUUGCUCCGAGGAUGGGAAAUAUUGAUCUCUGUUGUAGCAUUCUUGCUUGAGGUUGGAGUUAUAGAACAUACAUAUUCCAGUUAGCAAGCCUUACAAUAAUAGUUGGGAUUUUUGUAUCAAAGGUACAGCACAGUUGCCUCUGCUUUUUACCUUCCCUGUAUAUGUAACAUAUAUACAUGUAUACAGAAGAUGACAAUUAUCCGAUUUCUGCACCAAUGUGUAGGCCGUUAAAUUUAUACAGUACUCUUAAAUCCGAAACAUUAAAAGUUUGGUGGUAUCUAUUUGUAA